AUGGGUAGGGUCUUGCGCCCCGUUAGCCGGAGCCCAAUCCGACCGGCAACGAGCCUCCAGAAAUCGCCGAAAAGAUCUGUCAACUUUGGCCUGUCCGCUUACCAAUGUGGCUCCAAACACACCUCCUCACGUGAUGCCCCAGACCACAAAGAGCCCGGACCAACAGAUCGUCGCAAGAUGGGAACUGGGUAUCAAAUCUAUCAUCACUCGACUCCUUUCAAACUCGAUUAUGGGCAGAGCUUGCCUAGUUUCGAUUUGGCUUAUGAAGUCUGGGGCAAGUUAUCGGAGAGGAAAGACAAUGUGCUACUUCUCCACACUGGUUUGCCCGCUAGUAGCCAUGCCAAGAGCCAUGAAGAAGAUCCAAGUCCAGGAUGGUGGGAGAAAUUCAUAGGCUACGGCUCCAACUAUCCGAUAGACCUCGAUCGCUAUUUCGUUGUCUGUUGCAAUCCUUUGGGCUCCAGUUUUGGGUCUACUGCUCCCAAGUCAAUCAAUCCACUGACCGGCCAGCGCUAUGGAACCGACUUCCCCGUCGUCUCGAUCUUCGACAUGGUCAGAGCACAAUUCAAAUUGUUGGACUAUUUGGGACUUGACCAAGUGUAUGCCAGCAUUGGCAGUAGUAUGGGUGGCAUGCAGAGCAUUGCGGCUGCUUGGUUGGAGCCAGAAAGGAUCAAUAGAGUGGUCAGCAUCAGUGGAUGUGGAAGAAUAGGACCUGCGGGUAUCGCGAUACGGUACGCUCAACGUUCAGUCUUGAUGGCUGAUCCAAACUGGAACAAUGGCUUUUACUACGAUUCGUCUCCACCGCACCUUGGUAUGAAAUUGGCUCGUCAGGUUGCAGCAGUGACGUAUGGAUCAAGACAGGAAUGGGAGCGGCGGUUUGGCAGACGGAAGCGCCCGGUGACCGAUCAAGAGGCGCACUCCGUUUUGAGUCCACCGACCCUCUCAGCCGAAUUCUUGAUGGAGACUUGGUUAGAUUAUUCAGCUGAGCAGUUUUGUCUUAAAUAUGAUGCAAACAGUUGGUUAUACGUCUCAAAGGCAAUGGAGCUUUUCGACAUGACUGUAGAAGGUUUAAAUCAACUGAAAAAAUAUCGAGCUGGAAGUCCCUCACUUAGUGAACUAUCAGUGUCCGAUCAAGAAAAUGGGGUAGCCAAUGUAUCGCCAUCAUUUUGCCAUCAUAAUAUCGUCGCUUCACUUUCGCAGACAUUCCAGAAAUUCAGAUCUACCCAAGAGUUUUUGAUCGUCGGUGUACAAACCGAUGUUUUAUUCCCGGUUGGUCAGCAGAGGGAUUUGGCUGAAGCUAUUCGAUCUUGUGCAUCAAGUUCUCCUCAACAGAAGGCUCCUUCAGUAACUUAUGUUGAACUCGAUUCUCCAUUUGGCCAUGACGCAUUCUUGAUAGAUUUGAAGGCCGUCGGUGGUGCCGUUAGAGGAUUCCUUUCCUGA